AUGUUCAAGUCUUCUCUUCUACUCGGCUUUGUCAACCUACUGCGAAUCACGACUACAUCGGCACAAAACAUCGACACCCAUCCGGACUCGAUGAGCGUGCAGUCCUUCGAGCAUGACUUUGGCUCCUACCCAUACAAGACGUUUCAAUCUUCCGACCUGUCGUCACCAAUCCUCCGGCGGCCACACGAGUCAUUCCAAUGUCGUGACGACAACUACAUCUUUCUUUCUCCACGAGGCAAUAAAGUACCGCAUCCAGCUGUUACGAUAAUGGACAACGAUGGAGAAAUGGUCUGGGAGCAUUAUGUGGAUGGACAAGGGUACAAUUUCAAAGUCCAAGAAUACAAAGGGGAGCCAGUAUUGACGUUUUGGGUCGGUAAUGACGGGGUUGGAGGGCAUGGUGAGGGUGAUUACUACAUGUAUAGUUCUCGAUACGAGGAAGUCGCGAAAAUAUCCGCUUUGAACGGAUUACAUGCAGACCUGCAUGAAUUCACCAUCACGCCAGAAGGAACUGGAAUGAUGACCAUCUACGAGAUCUAUCCUGUCACACUUCCAGGAUACAUCGACGACACAGACGUGAUCUGGAUUUGGGAUUGUCUCUUCCAGGAGAUCGAUCUUGUGACCAACGAACUCAUCUUCCAAUGGCGUGCUUCUGAACAUCACAGCCUGGAAGAGACUUACCGUCGGAUUGGUGAUGAGGGAAGAGUUUCCAACCGUCCGUGGGACUGGUACCACAUGAACAGUAUCCAGAAGGACGAACUCGGCAACUACCUUAUUUCUGCACGCUACACCCACACAAUCACCUACAUUGACGGCAACACUGGCAACAUCAUCUGGAUCUUGGGAGGUAAACGCAAUGCGUUUGAUGAUCUGAGCGAGGGUGAUAGUAAAGCUACGAACAUUGCAUAUCAGCACUUUGCUCGCCUUCACAACUUGACGGACUUCCCAGUACUACUGGCGGACAAGAUUGAGGUGCAUCCAACGAAGGAUGUCGACGGUGUUACAAAGAUGGUGGUCACUGCUUUCGACAACGGUGCGGAUAACGAGGCUUCUGGGAUUCGACCAUCGAGAGGCGUGCUGAUCGAGAUCACCUACCCAACCGUCGGAGUAUCAACACUUAAAAGCGAUUACACAGCACGACUGGUGCGCGAAUACGUUCAUCCUGUACAGUUCAUCUCGUCAAGUCAAGGCAGCAUGCAAGUCAUCACUUCCGAUGACGGAUCUGAUCCGCGCAUCCUCCUCGGCUUUGGCUACGUAGGAGUCUGGACAGAACAUGCUGCCACUGGAGAAGUGCUCUGCGACAACCGCUUCUCCACUGUAUCUUCCUGGGGUACGGGAGACGUGCAGUCGUAUCGUGCUCUCAAGGCACCAUGGAAAGGAGAGCCAAGUUGGCCGCCAUCGGUGGCUUUCGGUGAUGGCAAGGAUCUCUCUAUAUUCGCAAGUUGGAAUGGCGCCACGGAAGUAGCGUUCUGGAAAGUACAGCAAGCCGAGCAACUGGCGUGUCCAGACGACGAAUGGGAGGAUGUCUCGGUAACGCAAAGGAAGGGCUUCGAGACCGAGAUUGAUAUUCAAGACGACGAGAUGCGCUUUUUGCGUGUUGUAGCAUUGGAUGUUGAUGGUAACGCACUUGGCGUCAGCGGAAACCUCGAUCUUGGGUGGGAGAUCGGUGCGAACGGGAUCUUGAAUGGUCAUAUCGCAAGCUCGAAUGUUACUUUGCAGUUAAUCAUGGUCUGUUUCGCAGCUCUUGCGCUGUUCGUCAUUGGCUAUGAGGGUUAUCGGCAAUUCACGAGCUGGAGAGAAACGAGGUGGCUUGGAUAUGAAAAGGUUCGGUUGCAUAGCGAUGCUGCAUCCAUAGCGUAA